UGCAGGAUGGAGCACCGCUAUGCAAUUGUAUUUUUGUGCCUCAUCCCGUGGUGCAUGUCGGACACGAACCUCGCCAGCCGUGUCGUUCUGGAGCCUUAUGAUUUUUUAUUCGACACGGCGGUGGAAGCCUAUUACAACGGAGACUGGAUGUCGGUCAUCCUGAAUAUGGAGAAGGCGCUCAGGAACAAGGCGACGGUCCGCAGGGUGAAGACGCAGUGCCGGCUCAGCUGCGCCAACCAGUCCACUUUCGGAGAGCCUCUGGCCGGCCUGGGUGUCCCCAUCCCGGGCGCAGGAGCUGUGGAGGACCUGGGCUUCUUCCAGAGGAUCCUGAAACGGGCCGACUGUGUGAACUCCUGCGAAAGUGAGAAACUCGGUCCACCGACUUUCCACCAAGUCAGUGAAGAGGUGGAGAUGGAGUUCCGAAAGAGGACGCCGUAUAACUACUUGCAAGUCGCCUAUUUUAAGAUCGAUAAGCUGGACAAAGCGGUGGCAGCUGCCAACACAUUCUUCCUGGCCAACCCAGAUCACACGGAGAUGAGGCAGAACUUGGACUACUACAGGAUGAUGGCAGGGGUGCAAGAGGACGACUUCAAAGACCUGGAGGCCAGACUACAUAUGGCUGAGUUCCUGCUGGCGAAGCGGUACUACAGCGACGACUCCUUCGGCCUGGCCGCCGAACACUUUGAAGUGGCCGUCGAUGAGUACUUCACUGCCGAUAAGGAAUGCCGAGCGCUGUGCGAGGGAGCCUACAACUACGACGGGUACAACUACAUGGAGUACAGCGCCGACCUGUUCCAGACCAUCACAGACCAUUACAUGCAGGUGCUGAACUGUAAGCAGCGCUGCUCUGUGGAGUUGGCGUCUACUGCCACUAACAAGCCUUUUGAGGACUUCCUGCCCGCCCACUUCAACUACCUCCAGUUCUCCUACUACAACAGUGAGAAGUAUGAAAAGGCCAUAGAGUGUGCCAAGACCUUCCUGCUGUUCCACCCCGAGGACGAGGUCAUGAACCAGAACCUGGCUUAUUACUCUGUCGUGCUGGGGGAGGACAAGGCAGAAACAAUAUCAGCCAGACAGGUGGUGAAACAGUACAUUCAGCAGUCCUUACUGGAGAAAGAGCUGCUCUACUAUGGAUAUGAAAUCUUUGGAAUCACCUUUGUUGAUCCAGACACAUGGACUCCUGCAGAUGUCAUGCCUCAGAAGCUGAGAGAGAAGCAGAAGGCAGACAGGGAGACUGCCGCGAGGAUCACAGAGGAAAUCGGAAACCUGAUGAAGGAGAUUGAAACCCUGGUUGAGGAGAAGAAUAAGGAUUCAUCAGACUUGGCCAAGUUAAUCAGCAAGCGGGAAGGUGGUCCCGUGCUGUACGAUGACAUCAAGGUGACCAUGUCGUCGGCGCAGCUCAACGGGUCCCAGCGGGUGCUGCUGGACGGAGUGAUCUCUGACGACGAGUGCGGGGAGCUUCAUCGCCUCUCUAAUGCGGCGGCUCUGAAAGGUGACGGCUACAGGGGGCGUCCGUCCCCCCACUCCCCCAACGAGCUCUUCCAGGGCGUCACUGUCCUGAAGGCUGUGAAGCUCGGGCAGGAGGGGAAGGUGCCGCUGAAGAGCGCUCGUCUGUUCUUUGACCUCAGCGAGAAGGUGAGGAAAGUUUUGGAGUCGUACUUCCGUCUGGACGCUCCGCUCUACUUCUCCUACUCCCACCUGGUCUGUCGCUCCGCCAUCGACGAAAACCAAGAGGAGCGUGAGGAUCUGAGCCACCCCGUUCACGUGGACAACUGUUUGCUGGUUUCUGAGCUCAACGAGUGCAUCAAGGAGCCUCCUGCAUACACACACAGAGACUACAGUGCCAUCCUGUAUCUGAAUGAUGACUUUGAAGGAGGAGAUUUCAUUUUCACCGAGUUGGAUGCUAAAACCGUCACGGCGGAGCUGCGUCCUCAGUGCGGUCGCGUGGUCGGCUUCGGCUCAGGGCAGGAAAACCCCCACGGAGUCCGAGCCGUCACCAAGGGCCAGAGGUGUGCCGUUGCCCUGUGGUUCACCCUUGACCCUGCGCAUGAGGAGAAGGAGAGGAUCCAAGCUCAGGAGAUGCUGAAGAUGUUUUCUACCCCAGUGGAUAAGGAGUUCAGACCCACAGAGGCGAAGGACACCUCAGAGCCGCAGCCCACAACCCCAGAAACACCCACUGCCGCUGUGCAGGAGCCAGCAGACGACAAAUCAGAGGACAAACCAGCGCAGGAGAAGCUGGAUGGACCAUCUGGCACGCAGGCUGACAAACCAGCCGAGACGCCGAAGGACAAAGCAGAGGCGAAGGCGGACAGCAAAACGACGAAAACAACUAAAGCCAAAACGGCUCCUAAAACAAAGGCCAAAGCCGGAGAUCAAGCGAAGGCCAAGACCGCAGACAAAGUCAAAGCGAAACCCGCCGCGAAAACAGACGGCAAACAGACGGUCAAAACGAAACCCAAGCAGACGGACGAGAAGGGGGCGAAACCGGCUGUGAAAAAGACGGCAAAGGCCGCCGCCAAAAAGGACCCCAAAGCCGUAGACUCUCAGAAAGACAAAGACGAGCUGUGAUGAAAGCAGCAUCUGUGACUGUGUCUGUGUCUGUGUCUGUUUCUGUGAUUAUGGAGUGUUUUGUUUAAGGUUUCCUCUGUGGGAGUGCUGACUCAAAAUGCAAGGCUGAAAAUGUUGUGAUGUCGUCGAAUCAAGUGGUCAUUAUGGACCAUGGUGUUAUGCUGAAAUGCAAGCCAUACUGAAGUACCAAGGGACUGCUGUAUCACUGCAGGUUUCACUCAUAUUAUCACUCCACUGCCAUGUCUGGUAGUGUAUUUUUGUUGACAGAUCACUGAAGUGCCCAAAGUUACUGUAACCAUCUUCAUUUGGCAUCCGGAGCAUUUUGCAUAGAGAUGGUGGUGUUAUCAUCUCAAGAUUUUGAUUUUCUCUUUUUUUUUUUGCAGUUUUGUGUCUUAUUGUUGCCUCAGUUAUGGAGAGAAAAAGAACAACAAACCAGGCUGGGUGUGUGUGUGUGUGUGUGUGGGUGGGUGGAGGUACAGGAGGUAGGGAUGUAAUAUGAGCAGACGCACUGUUUUACUGAUGAGAAUCUCAUCUCAGAAUCAAUUGUGUGAAUCAAUGAAAUAAAAGUGAUCUUUACUAAAGGUGCCGAGUCUUCAUUUAAAAAAAAAAAAAA